AAUACCUUGCAGGUGCAACUCCAAUAUGAGUGGCUUCCAGUAAAGCACAGGCACUAUCCGCACGACCUGAUGCUAGGAAUGACACCCAAUGUGUCAGCCAAGGAUCCAGCUAUCUGCUGCAACCAGGGGAUGAGUCAGAUGCUGAUUCUGUGAUAUCUGAACCAGACUCAGGAUCUGCAUCAGUACCUCCAUCAUCAACAAAAAGUAUUCUAGGAAGCAGUGACAUGUCUACACGUACAGCAGUGCAAAACAAACCUGCAGAUGAAUCUUCUUCAGUCAAUGCAGAAAGCAGACCCGUGCCUCUACAUGAGUUCCAGCGUCAGGUUCUUCGAUUACUGAACAUCAUACGCUUGAACCAGCAACAGCAGGGCGACCUCCUAUAUGGCUUCACAUCUUUAAAGUCUAGUACCGUGAUGCCUGAACAGCCCAUAAUUGUGCCAGAGCCACUAGACACCAUUGAGCAGCUGGACCAGUUCGAGAAGCAGCUAACACCAGAAACCGAGAAGCAGCUGGCUCUAGAGCUAGCACGUCUGGGAGGAACCUCCUGUAAAAUCGCAGUGAAGAGGAUGCUUUGUCAUCUCCUAACCAACAAGUUAGCCAUGCUGUUUAGUUGGCUUGGCAACAAAGGCAAGGAUAGCUUCAAGCACCUCAAGAUCGUCAGCAUCAUGUUGCGUGGUGUGCGGCAGAUAAAAAAGUUGGAAAAGACGACUGAGUUCGAUGUGGAAACUGAAAUCAAAUCAUGGUUGCGCCACGCGAAAGAGCGACAGGCCCGAACGCAGAAGGAGUGAAACACAGCCACCCAGACUGACCAUCCAAGGCUCCUAUAAAGGCUACAUUGUUGGAGUUACAAGGUGACUUGCCAGAGCCUAGUCGAGUCUACCUAGUCAAGUAUUCUACAUUGUGAGAACUUUUACUGCUACGUGUACCUGUUUUUCUUACUAAGCGAGCUGCUUAAAGAAGUAGAGCACCGUCAAACAUUUUCCUUAGCACCGGGUGUUUGAAACUCAUCACAAACUUUUUGGAAGAUGCUGUGUGAAGUUUGCAAGUUAUCCUUUGGCACAAGUCUGCAACAUUUACACCAUACGUGCCUUUCUAUGUUCUAGUUGUAGUAGCUAUUGCGGUCCUAAGCUGUGCGUUCAUGAAGCCAUGCUGCCUUGCGUGUCAAGGAAUGGUAUGUUGAAAGUUAAGUGUUUUCGUGCGGCUUCCUCGAGUGAUACCCCUGUGGUAUAGUCAGUCUUCGAUGAUCACCAAAACCAGUGUCCAUUGAAUGCUGGUGUAGCAUCCCCUUUACACGCAUGG